AUGUGCCGCUGGUACUAUGAAGCCAAGUUCUGCCACGCCUACCUUGCCGAUGUUGAACCCGGCGUGCCUCUGAAAGAUUCGAAAUGGUUCACAAGAAGCUGGACUUUGCAAGGAACUUAUUGCUCCGGGCUACGUGGAAUUCUACGACAAGGAUUGGGAGCCCCAUCGGAAUCAAAACAGCGCCUCGCGGACCAACUCGCUGAGAUCACCCCCGGAUCGACAUCAAAGUUCUUCGAGACCGCGCGACGUUGGAAGAGUGUUCAGCAUCGCAGCUCGAAUGGCCUGGGCGACUCUAUCGGGAGACGUCUCGGGAAGAAGACCGAGCGUAUAGCCUAA